AAGUUCAGCUCUGUCAGCGACAACAGUCGCCGUGCGGACACCGGAAGUCUCUAAUUCUGCAUGGCAGCAGUCAUCUGAAGGCUCGUCCUCCUUAGUAAAAGCACACUUGAUGGGAAUCUUGCGGUAUUGGCGGGUCUCUCGUAGAUACCUAAAUCUGGACUUACUGGGAAGGACCAUGCUAUCGGUAACACAACCUUUGAGCGGUUGAAUUCUGAUUCACUCCUUCUAGAUGUGUGACAGGGAUAUCUCCUUAUUUCUGCCGAUAGUCUCCUCGGACAGAGAGGAGGUCAUGCGCACGGUGGUGACAGCGCACACGCUUGCUCAUCCUAAGUCCAUACAUAGACGUUGAUCAUUCGCCGGUGGACGACCCUGCGAAUAGGAAAACGUAUACGGGCUGUACCUGGAAGAUACUUGGAAGCAGAAGCUUUGGACAACCGUACUUGUUCCUCGCAAACAUGAGGUCGUAGACCAGAAUGGCGUCACGUCUCCCAUGAAUGUCACUUCAAAGUUUGUUUUCGUUGACCGCCCAGUGUUCUCAUAUUUCUCUAUUCGUUCUUCCGCACCAUUUAUAGCACAGAUUACGCUGCUGCGAAUUGCUCAAUGCUCGUUCCUUUAUCUCGCAGCCUUACUCAGCUAUCCCGGCCCGCUCAAAGACAAGAAGUUCUCCUGAGCAGUAUCAUACCGCAUAUAUAAUGCGGUUCAUUGAACAGUUGGCUCAACACCAAUCUACAAGCCUACAGUCUUCUCUAUAUCCACUGCUCUACACCCACAAUGAGACACAUGGUCACCCAAUAUCGUCUUCCGGACACCCUGGCUAAAUGGCCCUAUCGUCGUCGAUUGAACCCUCAUUACCUUCCUGUCAAAGCUAAAGCAUCAGCCUGGCUUGAGAGUUUCAACGCCUUGAGCCCGAAAGCUCAAAAUUCGUUCAAUCGUUGUGAUUUCAACCUCUUUGCAGCUCUUGCUUACCCGACGUUUGACGAAGAUCGAUUAAGAACUGCGUGCGAUCUCAUGAACCUGUUGUUCCUCUACGAUGAAUAUUCCGAUCGGGAGGGAGUUGAUGGCAUGAAACGGCUCUCUGCCGAGAUCAUGUACGCUCUCCGAAACCCUCAUGAACCCCGCAAAGAUGGCAAGUACAUUGUGGGCGAGAUCUUUAGACAGUUUUGGGAACGUGCCAUCCAGACCGGUAACCCAAACGCCCACCGCCGUUUUGUCCAAGCUUUCGACCACCACACAGCAGCCAUGGUCGAAGAAGCUCAUGACCGUAGUAAGCAGCGUAUUCGCAACAUCGAAGGUUACCUCAAGAUUCGUCGGGGGACGAUCGGUGCACGCCCAGUCUUCCGUCUGAUCGAGUUCGACAUGAACAUACCUUCUGAAGUUCUGGACCACCCUAUUCUGCUUGAGCUCGUAGCUGCUGCUACAGACAUGCUCAGCAUCGGAAAUGACAUCUAUUCGUAUAAUGUUGAACAAGCUCGCGGAGACGAUACUCAGAACCUCGUCACCAUUGUCAUGCACGAGAAGAACAUUGACCUUCCUUCCUCUCUAGCAUGGAUCAAAGAAUUCCACGAUUCACUCGUCUCCACGUUCCUCACCAAGUCGAAAGGAAUUCCUUCUUUCGGAGUUGCUAUCGAUGCCGAGGUCGCGCAAUAUGUGGAGGCCCUGGGGAAUUGGGUCCGGGCUAAUGAUUGUUGGUGCUUCGAAAGUCAGAGGUAUUUCGGGACGAAGGGUUUGCAGAUUCAGAAGCAGAGAUUGGUUACUUUGUUGCCGAAGCAGGUAGCUUGAUAGUUUUAGCGCGACUAUGAAUGUUCUCAUGUAUACAACGCAGGGCUUGCUGUAUUACUCCCAGCCCAUUUAUUUAUAUAGCGCUGCACCAUGAUGUGCCCGAUCCUUGGCGAAUACCUCACAGGAAUUAAGGAACAGGAGAGACGGGCGAAAGGUGGGAAUUAGCGGAUGAAAGGGGCCAGGAAGAUGCUUGCGAAGUCUCCACAAUACAAUGCAUGAUUAUGU